AGUUGCGGGAAAGGUUCCCCGAUUCCUGGCCGGCCACCCUACCCUUUCACCGCCUUCACCGCCACCUGUACAGGCCAAGCGAGACUGGACUUGGACGGGAAUGGGACCAGGAGAAGACUGUAGGCCGAGUUAAAAAGGAAUGGAACUGACAGAAAGAGCGGGAGGGGAAAGAGCGAGGGGGGAGGAAGGUUCCGAGCGGUUGUCGCGAGCGACUGUCUUGAGCUCGCGUUCGGCGCGCGGGCACUUAAAUGUGAAAGACUUGUCUGACAAAUUCUAAUUGAUUUUGGAUACCGAUUUGAAUCACGGGACAACUUGUCGCAUCAUCGAGGGAUUUAAUCGACAGGAAGGAGAGGAAGGAUGUAACGACGAAUUUGUAAGAAAAACGGAAGGAAAGUCGAAAAAAAAUAAACGAAGAAAAAGCAGAAUACGAGUGCGAGAUAUUUGAAAUUAUAUGUGGAUAAUCAGUGCUUCAAUCAAAUAGUGAGAAAAUUUAGUGUUCUGAGCGUAAUAGAGCUCAAUUGAACGCUCUUUUACAAACGAUUUAUCGUAUUAGAUAAUCGUUUCCUCGAUUAUAUUCUGCUUAAAAAAAAGAAAAAGUGGAUAAAAAAAGAAAGAAAAAGUGAACGUAACGACGAAUCUGUAAGAAGAAGGAAAGGAAAGCCGAGAGAAAAUAAACGAGGAAAAGGCAGAUAACAGCGAGAUAUUUGAAAUUAUAUAAAUCGAUUAAUCGAUUAGCGCUGGGAAUCAAAUAGUGAGAAAAAUCAGCAUCACGAAUGUAAUAAAGAUCAAGAAUUGAACGCUUAUCUACAAACGAUGAAUUGUGUUUGAUAAUCGUUCUCUCGAUAUUCUGCUUAAAGAAAAAAGAUAAGGGAAGAAAGAAAAAGAGUAGAAGUACGCGCCAGUAACGAUAUUAUCUUCCGCUUCAAACUCCUUCGGACAAGUGUGAUUGAUGUGCGUAGAAAGUUGUCUGUAUGCUUAAUAUAUAACGUAAAUUACGUGUUUGUGUGUGUGUAUUCUCGUUUAUUUUCAAGGUGCAAAGAUCGUUCCGACUUGCGUGGCUAUUUGUUAAUGCAUUCUUGAUGUAAUAUCACAUUUCUUCGAUGUAUGUGACAAAUUGUAUACGUUUGGCUUGUGAAGAAUUUUAGAUGCGAUUAAUUGAACUUUUCGCUUGUGAAGUUAUUAUGCGCAAGUAAAUUUAAUAAAAUUCACGAUAUAAGCGAAUUUGAAUUGCUAUUUUAUCGGACGCGUCGGUAACAUUAUGUGAGAAAUUGAAAUGUGUUCAUGACGGGACUGAGUGAAUAAGUACACGGAAAUUACGACAAAAUUAAAUGUAUAUACACGCGUGCAACGAGGACAGACAAAAAGGAAGGGAGAAAAGCGGAAAGUGCAUCUCAAAUAUUUAUUUUUGCGAUAGAUUCGUUUGAUUGCAAAUCGGUAUUAUCCGUAUUAUCUAGUAUUCACAUAAUUAUGCACCGUUCACGUCGUUGGAUAUAGUUGCUCGAUCGACGUUGCUUUCAUCGAAUUCGACAGGACACUUCGUAAUUAUGAGACAAACGGUGCUCAUUAUCGUGUGCUUUUUGGGCUUUGUCUUAGCGGGAAGUCCGAGAUUACCACGAACAUCCGCCGACCAGCGUGGCACGCGUGCGAACCAGAAUGUUACCAGCGCUACGCUAUCGUCAUCUUCUCGUAAUUUGCAACGAAACAGAGAACAAUAUCUCUUCAAUGUCUUCGAAGUAAUAGUAUCAACUUUGGAAUCCAAGCUACAGCGAAUUGAGAAUUUAGACAAGGCGGUAGAGCAUCUGAUGAGAAGAGUGGAAGCUCUAGAUUCACGUGUAAAUGAUAACAUCGACAAGACAGAUGCGGUUAUUACGAAACUGAGAACGUUAGAUCUGAAACUCUUCAAUGCAUAUCCGAUUAUGUCAUCGGAAGCCAUUCAUACGGCGAGCGUUACUGAAAAUAAGAGCGGAAGUUAUACCGAAAGUACUCCGACAAUACGUGUGAUCCAUCAUGAUCGCAGCGAACGCGCUCCGGAAACGUUAGGCGAGAAAUUGGUGUCUCUGGACCAGAAAGUUUCCGAUAUCGACCAUAAGCUAGUUAAUCUUAAGAAUCAACUCGAUAACAAUUUCUUACAAAAUGACGAUAUAAAUGCCGAGGCAAGCGAGAAGAAGCCUGUUAGUAUGAGUGUAAUUGAGAUUACUAAAGCUAUGAGUAACGAAGUAAUGAACCAUAUGACGAUCGAAAUCGAGAAUCUCAGGCAAGCGACAGGUAGUAUGGAUCGGAAACUCCAGUUCCACAUGAAUUUGGUAUCCGACAAUCUCGGGGCAGUAUACAACAUGGUUUCCGAUGUGCACGAAGCUAUCGUUGACAAACAUUCCGGAAACGAUCGGCAAAUUCUUAACUUAACGACGACCGAAGCUCCGAUAAAGCAAAGUAAAAUCGAUCGCCUCGUCGAACAAAUGUAUCCGAUGCUCACUGUUUCGGAAAAAAUGGAUGAAGUCUGGAACGUAGUGAUGGGCACGAAAAAUUCAGUGGACGACCUAUUGCCAAAGUCCGACGAGUUGCUUACUCAAACACAGAGACAGGAAAGAGCGAUCAGCGAGAUUCACGCAGAUUUACGAUCAAAAACAAAUAAGAUUAUUGAAAAUUUAGAAGGCGUUGAAAGCCGCUUAAGAAAGCAAGAAGAUGAUGUGGCCACUCUCUCGCAACGCCCAAUACCAGCCGAAUUAUUACUGGAUCCAACGAUUGAUCGACUUGUCGAAUAUGACCCAAACAGAUAUAUCAGUGUAACUGAGGAUUUUGCAACGGAGAUACCUACAACGUCUAUGCUGCCGACUGCUACACCGCCUUUGUCAACAACGACGUCGAUAUCGUCAGUUGCUUCGCCUUCGAACAAUCCUACCAGUUCCACGACUCCCAUGACAGCAACAUCAUCAAACACGCUCAGAUCAAAUAGUAGAAAUCGCGGAGUCAUCUUUCCAAGCGUGAAAAACAAACCGAGUCUAGCGAAUUCCAGUUUUACCAGCGAUAUAUUGAUUAAUUACAAAGAUGUCAAGGGUUAUUCUUGCGUGGAUUUAUUAAAUGCUGGAAUGAGAGAUAACGGAGUCUACUAUCUUCAAAUACGCGGCACGACAUAUUGGUUUCUUAAAGUUUUUUGCGAACAGGAAAUCGCUGAUGGUGGUUGGACGAUUAUUCAAAGAAGAGAUGAUUUUGGAGAGCCAAGAGAGAAUUUUAAUAGAGACUGGGCGGAUUAUAAAAAUGGAUUCGGAGAUCCUGCUAAAGAAUUUUGGUUAGGCAAUGAAAACAUAUAUAUGUUGACAAAUAAUGAAGAUUACAUGCUCAGAGUUGAACUUGAAGACUUCGAAGGUAACAAAAGGUAUGCCCAAUAUUCGCACUUCAAGAUUUAUUCAGAAGGAGAGUAUUACAAAUUGGAAAUAGAUGGUUACGAAGGAAAUGCUGGAGAUUCAUUAAACGAUCCUUGGUACGGAUCAAACAACAGUCCGUUCUCCACGUACAAUAGAGAUAACGAUAGAUCAUCGUUGAACUGCGCUUCGAUGCUCAAAGGUGGCUGGUGGUGGAAGUCUUGCGGACGUGGUUUGAAUGGACUUUAUUUGAACGAUCCACAAGAUCUUACCGCACGACAAGGUAUCGUAUGGUUCCGAUGGAGAGGCUGGGAUUAUACCUUAAAACGUGCAUUAAUGAUGAUUAAACCGAAAGGUCCAACUACAAUGACAACGACAACAAUGUAA